UAUGGCAUCUAUCGUAGAUGACUAUCAUCUUUUUGAGAGGCAUUUUUUCAUAUAUUUAGAUGAUCGUAGAUGAUCUUUUUUUCACAGGAAGUCAUCUUUUGUCAUCUUUUUCGAAAAUUUUGAAAUAAAUAAUUAAAACUACAAAAAACUUUCAAAUUUAAUAAUUGUUCGGUGAUCUAAAGACAAAUGCUGAAGUUCAUAAUACGAUUUGAAUUUCGUACAAUGACCAAAUACUGAAUACAUACAGCUGUCAUGUGCGUGAUGUCAAAUUACAUUUGACGUUUCGUUGAGUUACAACGAAUGGUGAAAUUCAACAUUCAAAAUGUAAACAUUAUCACGAUUUUACAUGUUGACUCGAUUGCUGACUAGCAAUUUCUUUGUUCUUUGUUCCAAUUUAGUGAAUAUUAUUUAAAAUAAUUCAAUCACCACGUAAUUUUUUGCAAAAAAUAUCAAAGAUUUCAAAUAGAAAUAAUAUAAUUCAGAAUCAGUGAAUAGUGAAGUGUACAUUUUGGCUUCAAAAUGGGCAAGUGCUAUUUUAAUAAAGAGUGGAUACCACAAUACAAGUCUUGGUUGGCGGAAUCCAAAUUGGGUCGAGAAAAUGCAUAUUGCAAAUUAUGCAAAAGAGAUUUUUCGAUCGUGAACAAAGGAAUCGCUGAUGUAAAGCAACACAUGGGAACGAAUGUACAUCAAAUGUAUGAAAAUGCCGCGUCAAAAACAGUGGCAAUCAAUCGCUUAUUCCAGACGACAUCGGAUAAAAAAACCGCAGCAGCUGAAGCUACAUUUGUUUAUCAUCUCAUCAAAGAAGGCCAUUCUUUUCGAUCAGCUACGUGCACAUCUCAACUCAUUCGUGAAGUAUUUGGUAAAAACCCUGAUUUCAGAUGUAGUGAAACCAAAGCUGAAGCAAUUGCAACUGGCGUUUUGGCACCAAUGGCAAUAGAUAUGUUGUUGAAAGAAAUUCGUGAUGUAAAUUUUCUUACGUUUUGCUUGGAUUCAAGUAGCAAAGGAAAUUUCAAAGUUUUGCCAGUUUUGGUUCGAUACUUUUCACAUGAAACGGGAACGCAUACCAAACUGAUUGAUGCAUUCCAAUUAGACGAUGAAACCGGUGAGACAUUGUUCACAAAACUGAAAUUUGUAUGGGAAAAAUACGAUCUUCGUGCGAAAUUAAAGGCGAUUUCAGGCGACAAUGCAAAGGAAAAUUUCGGAGGUUUGACUCGAGGAGGUGAUAAGAACAUGUUCAGUCGCCUCCAAAAGGAAUUCAAUAAUGAAUUAGUUGGUAUAGGUUGUGCGGCCCACUUGGUGCACAAAGCUAUUGAGAAAGCGUGUGACCAAUUUCAACCCUUUUUUGAUAUUGAGGCAACUGUUGUGAAUAUUUACAACUAUUUCAAGACUAGUUGCACACGGAACGCGCGUUUACAACAUUUAAUCAAUGCCGACGAAUACAUGAAGUUGCUUGGUUACGCUAACACUCGGUUUAUUGGAUUCCAUGGUUGUAUUGAUCGAAUCAUCAAAAACUUUGAUGCUCUUAAAACCUUUUUUGAUACCGAGAAAGAAACACCCGUUGCACUGGGCCGAUUUUUUGACCACCACCUAUCAAAACUCCUAUUAGUAUUUGUACGAGAUCAAUGCGAAUACUUUGAAGCUGUGAUCCGGUCACUCGAAGGCUCACACGUAUCAGGAUACGAAGCAGCCCGAACAAUUUUCUCGUUUUGUACAUCAAUUCGUGAACGAAUGGACGAAAACUUUACGUCAUUGCAAUUUCAACAAGAACUGACGACCAUUAUUGAUUCGCUGCCAUUCACUGACACCAUUUUGAAGAAGGCCAAUAAACGAAGCAUUCACGAGGAAGUUUUUGUUGAUGUAGAAUAUAUUGACGAAAUUGUCCGAAAAUUCCAAAACAUCUCGGUGACUUAUCUGGAAACGUGGGGAGUGCAUUUGAAACCGUUGGUCGACACAUACAGUUGGAUUGAAUUAAGGGAAAUGCCCCUUUGGUCCACUCUUGAAUCGCCUGUGAAGAACACUGCAGACAUGCUUCUUGCCAAAAAAUUAAUAAAACAAGAGGAGUAUAAUACUGUGUUCAAUGAAUUUGUGAAUGUCAAAACGUACUUGAAAAGUGUUCCUGUGGUAGAUCGAAAGACGAUUUUUGAAAUUUGGAAUGAAAAACAUGCAUCGAUAGAGGAUCGAUGGUUGGAAGUUUUCUCUAAUUUGAAAAAAAAAUCAGCGUCGUAUAAAGUCUUCUCAAAACUCGUUGAAUACGCGCUAAUGAUGCCGGGCGCAAAUUGUGAUUGUGAGCGGAUUUUUUCACAUAUGAAGCAUUAUUGGAACGACAAGAAAAGCCGCUUAUCGUUCGGAACAUUGAAGUCUUAUUUGAUCAUCAAGAACAAUUUAUCAUUCGACUGCAUCCAAUUCCAUGAAUUCAUUGCAAGCCAACCGGACUAUCUUCAAAAGAUAAGUUCCCACGGAAAAUACGAGUCUGCCAAAGAAAGCCAUUCAAACAAAGCACACGCCGCAGCCUGAAGAAACACGGGACCAUGCAAUUUUAUCCAGAUUCACAUACAUAGCACCACAUUUUUCUUAAAUAUAUCACGUUUGGAAUUUUGCUCUUUCAAUAUUUAUGCAAUGAUACCGUCCUACAAUUUAAUAUACAAUAUAAUAUAUAGUCUAUUUAUAAAAAUACACAAGAAACAAUAUGUACCCUUUCGAAAUCAAAAAUAUAAUAGUUUUUGAAGAAAAAAAUGAAAAAGAUGACUGUCAUCUUUUUUGA